CUGCUAUUUAAAGGGGAAGAAGGCGUGAUUUGACGUCAUUGUGUUUACACCGUUCGUUAUUUUGCUAGCGCCAACACAACAAGAUAGUUAUUCGUUUAUGCAAAUGAACAUAUAAGAUAGAGAUUAUAUAGUUGUGGUGUUUGCAUGGGGGAACACGGUCUUCUGGGCAACGAGCCCGAGUCUAUCGAUUAUUCUGUGCACGAAGCCUGGAACGAGGCCACAAACGUCUACCUGCUCGUUAUUCUAGUUAGCUUCGGCCUGUUGAUGUACGCCAGAAAAAACAAGAGGAAGAUCAUGCGCAUCUUCACCCUGCCCCCCACAGUGGAAAGCAGCACAGAGCCCAACUUCUAUGACAGCCUGCAGAAGGUCCGCCUGCGACAACAGCUGGAGAUGUACUCUUUGGCCAGGAAGUUUGAGCAGCAGCAGCAACAAACCGACAGUGUCCAGCUCUCCAUGGAAUGAGGAAGGCCCUCAUUCUGCAGCUUUUCUCUGGAUGGAUGGAUGGACGGACACCAACGACAUGAUGCUCCAUGCUGGGAUCUAUGGAGAUGCUUAGCAAGCCUCUUACAGUCUGAGAAACUUUUUCCCCACAUCUGCGGUGAAAACACCUUAAAUGUAACACUGAUUGUAUUUUAAGUAUACAUUUAAUUGGGUGUGGUUAGUAAAGUUGUCUUACUGAUCACUGAUAUCAGCCAAGUUGUAUUCAGUGUACUUUAUAAUAAAUGAUAAACGGGUUGUACUUGUAUAGCGCUUUUCUACCUCCAAGGUACUCAAAGCGCUUUGACAGUAUUUCCACAUUCACACACACUGAUGGCGAGAGCUGCCGUGCAAGGCGCUAACCAGUAGCAAAGGGUGAAGUGUCUUGCCCAAGGACACAACGGACGUGACUAGGAAGGUAGAAGGUGGGAAUUGAACCCCAGUAACCAGCAACACUCCGAUUGCUGGCACAGCCACUCUACCAACUUCGCCACGCCGUCCCAUAAUAAUCAACUUUUGACUUGGUCAACAAUGACCCAAUAAUGUUUGAACCAAAACAUUUUACAUGAUAAAUCGUGUUAUUGCAGCACCAGACUUUUACCUGGAAGUGGGUGCAAAAUGCCUUUUACAUGAAAAAAGGUAAAUUGAGGUCUGUCCAAAUCCAUUAAAGUGAAAGGAAAACUGAGAUCACAAGCUGAUCUAAUUGAGGUUGAGUAGUAAGCACUCCCUCAAACUUAAUUGACUCCUGGAAGCGUGAACAAGCCCUGCUGUUCCCACCAAAGAGUGGUAAAUGAAUCGGCGCGGGUACGGGAAGACGAUUGAGUGGCAAAGGUCACCAAGCCCACCAAAACAUAACCUGAUUUGUUCUCACAUGUAAAACUGUCCUUUAUUUGUGUGCAGCUGUAUGAUGAAACAUGUGAAGUAAACUGUGAAGAUUGGCUCUUAAUAGUUUUUAGUUCCAAGUUACAGCUUUUAAAGGGGAACUGCACUUUUUGGGGGAAUUUUGCUUAUAGUU